UCUUUUUUAAGUGUGUAGGGGGUAUAAAGCCGUCAGCACUGCUGUAGAGCUGUGUUAUCUGUUGAGAAGCGAUGAAGCUCCAUCCAAAUGUCCCUGAGAUGAGCUGGAGAGGCCUCUGUGAUCCACAGCUAAUGCUCCAACACCAGUACCUCACCCCACUGACGUUCCUGUGGCUGAAUACAAUCAAAUUCUCACAGCAACGUUCCAACAUGUAGUGUAAACCCUUGCCAAAAGGGCAGAGGCUGUUACUGUAGCACGUUUAGAUAUGGGCGGUGGGUAAUCCAGGUCCAGAAACUUGAAACACACCUCAGGUUUUUGUUCCAACGGUCUGAACACCUUCGCUGCUGGUUUGAGCAAAGGAGAGGGGGCGGUGAGCUGAAGCAAAAUCCUGGGAAGGAUUUUUACCUUUUGGACCUGGUUUGCCCACCUCGAUGUGCCAGUGUGGUCCUAAAAUAAUGGCCUUUCUUUGUUUGUUUGCACGAGGUGGCGCUAUUUCUCCUCCGCUACUGCGUUUCUAUGGAGAUGCCGUUUUCUCUUCGGCGCCGUUUUCAAACAGCUUUAGCGCCACCGGAAGACGGACAGCCGACACGGAGUGAGGAGGAAACCAACCACUACGGCACAGAUUAGCCAGCUAACCAGAUAACUGGGUUAUUUCUAGCUCAGCGUAGUUUGCUAGUUUUGGGAAGACCGUUUUAAGUUCACAUUUACAGGAUUAGCCAAUAAGCCUAGUAUUUUCUCCAGACAAUGUAUUUCCCUCUGCGCUGUGCUGGUUGUUGCAACGUUACUGUAAACACAGCCGAGCUAAGAGGCUAAUGUUAAUGACUGCUUUGACUACCGUUAGCUUGUGGUCUGUGUAGCUGCUCUGCUGGCACUGGCCUUAGUUACGCUGUGUACGGACCCAACAAGGAACGCAAGCUGUUGGAGCUUUGCCCAGAAUGCAACCAUGAGUACUAAUGCAGAGAGGAAAUUUAUUAAUCUGCGAAAGCGUCUGGAUCAGCUGGGUUACAGGCAGCCGUUAGGCAUUGAGUCGUUGCCGCUGGUUGAAAAACUUUUUAGUGAUCUAGUCCACACCACUGAAAGUCUUCGGAAUGCCAAACUUUCAGCUGGGAAGACGGAGAAGGAGAGUCGGAAUCUUGAUGCUCUGUUGGAGCCAUAUAAGACGGAGAAUGCUCGGCUGGUCCGAGAGAAUAAUGAGCUGCACUUGGGACUCCUCAAGCUGAGGGAAGACAAGGAUCGGACAACUAGAGAGCUGAAGGCUUACAUCAGGAAACUGGACCAUGAGACAUCAGACCUAAAAUUCCUCAACAAUCAGUAUGUACACAAAGUUCGCGCCCUGGAGAAAGACAGCAAGGCCAAAAGUGAACGCAUCCAACAGCUGCAAGAGAAGAACAUGCAAGCUGUAGUGCAGACACCAGGAGGAAAGAAAAGGCCAAUUCCUUUCAGACGCCAACGGAUGCAAAUAGAUGAGCUCCUCCCCCCCUCCCUUGGCCCCACUCCUCCAGCUGUGGCUCAACCGGAUGACCCAUACAUUGCCGACCUCCUCCAGGUGGCUGAUGACAGGAUUCAGGAGCUUCAGCAAGAGGUGACAGCAGUGAAGUUGGAUCUUGAGAGAGCCCAGGGGGGAAUCAAACACCUCAACACACAGGUGGAGGAGCGGGAUAAAGAGAUCGAGCGUCUGAAUCGGGCUCUGGAUGGAGGUCGACCGUAUGACGUCGUCUCUCUGGAGGCUCAAAACAUCAGUAAUGAAAAGCUCAUUUCUCACCUGAACCUACAGAUUGAGUACCUGCAGGAGACGAACAGGGCUCUGGAGCAGAAGAUAGAGGGACUGCAUCAGAGGAAGAAGACUGUUUCAAGUGAAAUAGCAGACCUGAGUGCCAGGAAUCAGGAGCUGUGCCACGAGCUCACCCAGAUAGACCAGCUAGCGCAGCAGUUAGAGAAAGACAAAGAGAUAGUGCUGGAGACUGCUGACAUGGAGCUUCAGGAGGCUAAGAAAGAGAUUCAGCGGCUACACAGACAAACAGAGGACCUGGAGGAGGUUAUCUCUAAAUUAAGACGGGACAUGGCAGAAGGCGAUCAUGAGAAGGACCGUCUGCGGGAUCAACUGGCAGAAAUGCAGGAGCAGAAUGAAAAAAUGGAGGGAUUGUUGAAUUUCCUGGAGGAGGAAAAGAAGAGGCUACAGGACAAAGUAGAGAAAAUGACACAAGCUGAUAAGGAAAUGAUUCUGGAGCUGGAGCGCAUGCGUGUUCGACAUGGAAUGUGUGGCAAAGAGCGCUCCCCAUCUCGACUGGAUGCUUUUGUAAAGAGUUUAGAGGAAGAAAGAGACCACUACAGACAGGAGGCAGAGAGAUACCGCAAAACAAGAGGAGGGUCAGACAGAAGUCCCAUCCUGAGUCCAUCCAGGGGCAGAAGUCCUAAAGGUCGGGGGACUUGGCCAGCCUCGAGAGACAGUGCAGAUACUGAGCUGUCACAUGUUGUCAGGGAGAGAGAUGAGCUGCAAGCCAUGCUGCUGGGCUUUGAGAAACACAUGGAAGACAUCCAGACUAAAGUCAAACUGCUGACCGCUGAGAGAGACCAGCUCAGCACUCAGUAUCAAGAGGCCCAAGAGGAGCUGAAGAGUGUUCGUAGGGAGCUGAUAUUUUCUCCUGAGCUGCAGCAGAGAAUGAGAGAGGAGAGAGAGCAGACAGAUAAUGAACUCCACAAAGUAACCACAGAAAGAGAUUCUCUCCGUGAGAGACUCAAGGUGGCUCAGACCUCAGCCCUGACAGACAGAGAGCAGGAGGAGAUGAGAAUACUGGAGCUGGAGAACAAUGUUCAAACGCUGGAAAGAGAGCGAACAGACCUGCGCACUCAGGUGGCUGUAUUGAAGGAAAGCCGUGUGGCUGUUGAAGAGGAGCUGAAGGCUCGCUCAGCAGCUCUACUUCAGACUGCAGAGGAGACGGCACAGCAGAGGGCAGAGAACAGUGCACUUAGGCUGCUGCAGGAGCAGAUGGAGAGGUCUCUCUCUGAUAUUCAGCACAGAUUGUCUGUGAAGACCAGUGAAUUGCAGGCAGCUCACCAGCAAUUAGACAAGCUAGAGGACAAAAUAACUGAGCUGAGUAGAAAUGGCUCCUCUCAAAACGAUGAGGUGGUAGCACUGAAGAUUGCCAUUGCAUCUCUGGACCGCGAGAAGGACGCUUUGCAAGAGGCAGUGGACCAAAAGACUGAGAGCAUGGUCCUGUUGCAAGACCAACUGUGUAGUAAGGAGAAGACGCUGACAGAAGUCAGACUCACAGUUACAGAGAUGGAUAACUCUUUAGACCAGCUGAAAGGGGUGCUGAGCAGUCGUGAGCGGGAGAUUACUAGUCUGCGCAGACAGCUAGAUCAAUCGCAUGAGGAGCUUUCAUCAGUCAGCCAUGACAGAGAGAUAGCACUGAGAGAAAACCGACGACUGCAGGAUGACCUGGCUACCAUGACCAGAGAAAACCAGGCCGUGCAUGCAGAGAUGGAAGAGGCUUUGAGAGAGAGGGAUGAGCUGAAGAUGAGAGUUCACUCUUACAUCUCUGAGGUGGCCAAGAUAGAAAAACUGAUGGCAGCUAAGGAACAGGACAACAGGGAUAUGCUGGAGCGCUUCCGCAUGGCGCACUCGGACGCUGAGGAGCGUGAACUGAAACUGCAGCAGGCUGAGGGCCUCAACAACUCUAUCAAACUGGAGCUGCUGUCCUCUGACACCGAGCGCAGACACCUCCGAGAAAAAGUUUCACUGCAGGAGCACGAGAUACAGGAGCACAUGAAUGCGCUGCAGGCGUAUGAGGCUCAGGUAUCCUCACUGGCGCGAACAAUGUCUCGGUUGGAGGAGGAACUACAGACAGCUCGGGCAGAAAAAACUUCAGUGUUAGCUGAUCUUGCCUCUGUGCGAGAGCUCUGCGUCAAGCUGGACUCCAGCAAAGAGCUGAUUUCACGGCAGCUAACUGCCAAGAGCAUGGAGCUAGAGAGGGUGACUGGUGAGCUGGAGGAUGUGCAUUCAGAGACAGACCUUUUGAAGAAGCAACUGGCCAGCGAGAAGGUGACUGUGCGGAAUCUCGAGACGCUGCUGUCCACGAACCGGCAGAAAGAGUUCCAGAGCCACCUCAGCGCAAGCGAGAAGGAAUCAGAACUGAAAGUGCUUAAAGACCGUCUGGCCCUUGCAGACAGCAAAACGGCGAGUCAUGCUAGAGAAGUUUCUCAGCUACGUGGAAAAGUCUCUCAGCUCCAAACAGAGAUGGAUGUGCUGAAGAGGCAGCUGACAACGGAACGCUUUGAGAGGGAGAGAGCAGUCCAGGAGAUGCGUAGACAGGGUGUAUCUUUCUCUUCGCUGCGCAGCUCUUCACCUCUCAGUGCCUCUCUUAGUCCCCGCCCACUUUCCCCUGAACGGUCUAUUCUGCGCACACCCGAACGCUCAAUAGACAAAUCAUCAGAAAAAAGUGUGAGCUUUAAGGACUAGAGAAGAAAUAAGGCUUUGAAGAACUGAAGAAAUUGGACGUCUGUGGCAGGUCUUGUCUGAAAAGCUUACAGCUGGCAGUCCCUCUCAUCUCAAAUGAUAUGUAUUCUGCUGUAUGAGAGCUCAUUUUCUGUUCGUGUUUUCUACCUGACUCUGUCUUGAAUUCCCAAGCUAAAUUAGCUUUAUUAACACACGUAACACCGAUUUGCCUCAAGGAAGGCACUCCCAUACAAUCUAACUUGGACAAAAAUCAAACCAGAAGUCUUUCUCACAUUCUAGAAAGUUCCACACAUCACCCUUUGAAAAUACACCAACUCAUCUUCACAGGGACAAGUUUGAUCAUGCCGCCAAAGCCGAACAGAAAAGCACAUCGUUUAUGUAAUAAUGAUUUUCUUAAUAAUUUGAAGGAAGUUAAUUCUGUGUUGUGUUUCAGAUGUGAAUAUUUUUAUGUUGAUUCAUUUAUGUAUUUUUGUACUUUGUAUAGGGGAAAACAAGGCAUUUUUUAGCAUUUGUAGCAUUUCUCUACUGUGACCUUUUUAAAAUUGCAGUAUUUUUAUAUGAAGUGUUACUUUUAGAGAUGCUUGAGAGCGCUUUUAAAGGAACUGGCUGUGAAAGUGACCAGCCAAUACUAUGAAAAUGCGACAUGACCAUUGUACUCAGGUCUGUCAAUGAGUGCAUUUGCAUGCACUCAAUAAUCCGGUAACUGCAGGAAAUCAGAUGUUGUCAGUAAUCCAAACAUGUUUACAUGCUCAUGAGCAAUCAUAUAAUAGUGAAACUCUGGGCCUACAGGAGUCAGGCAGUAUUCAGAAUUCUGCUUUGUAACCGGCCAAUAAACUCACCGAAGACGUUACGUAAACUUAAUGUAAAACUUCAUACUGCAGCUUUUUUUUUUUUUUACAUCAAGCCACUUUACCUGAAAAUAUGAACUUGCAUCAUCUAGAAGAUGAAUAUUUAAAUCCGUUAUUUUGUGUUUGGUUUCAGCACCUCUCUAACAGUGUUUUGCUGUCUUGCAACCUUCACCGUCUGUUCUUGCGCAUGUGCAGACUGGUGUUUACAUGACCAUUUGAAUAAUCGGAUAACUGCAGAAAUCUGAUUAUGAUUGGAUUAUUGAGUGCAUGUAAACGCACUCAGUGUUACACAGAGAAGCCACUGCUCUGAACAUCCAAACAUGUUAAUACUGUUCCAUGUCUGUGUUGUGCGUUCGACAUGUGUUGAAUUAUUAACUUAUUCAUUCAAAUAAACAUACUUAGUUUCCAACAGUG